CGCGUAGCUCACUGCGCAUGUGCGUUGCCGGGGUAGCGCAGGGAGACAAGGUGGCUCGAGGAGUUAGGCCUGUUGCUGAGGCAGGGAGCAGGGGCCCGAGGCGUGAGGGAAACCGCUAUGAGGGCCGUGUUGACGUGGAGAGAUAAAGCCGAGCAGUGUGUAUAUGACCUCGCAUUUAAGCCCGACGGAACCCAACUGAUUUUGGCUGCAGGAAACAGAUUACUGGUUUACGACACGUCUGAUGGCACCUUACUUCAGCCCCUAAAGGGACACAAAGAUACUGUGUACUGUGUGGCAUAUGCGAAGGACGGCAAGCGCUUUGCUUCUGGAUCAGCUGACAAAAGUGUUAUUAUCUGGACGUCAAAAUUGGAAGGCAUUCUGAAGUACACGCACAAUGAUUCUAUCCAGUGUGUCUCCUACAACCCUGUUACCCACCAGCUGGCGUCCUGUUCCUCCAGUGACUUUGGCUUAUGGUCUCCUGAACAGAAGUCUGUCUCUAAGCACAAAUCUAGCAGCAAGAUCACCUGCUGCAGCUGGACAAAUGACGGUCAGUACCUGGCUCUGGGGAUGUUCAGCGGGGUCAUCAGCAUACGGAACAGAAACGGGGAGGAGAAGGUGAAGAUUGAGCGGCCAGGGGGCUCCCUCUCCCCGCUGUGGUCCAUCUGCUGGAGCCCUUCAAGAGAGGAACAUAAUGACAUCCUGGCUGUAGCUGAUUGGGGACAGAAGCUUUCCUUCUACCAGCUGAGUGGAAAACAGAUUGGGAAGGAUCGGUCACUGAACUUUGAUCCCUGCUGCCUCAGCUACUUUACUAAAGGGGAGUACAUUUUGCUGGGGGGGUCAGACAAGCAAGUAUCCCUUUUCACCAAGGAUGGAGUGCGCCUCGGGACUGUUGGGGAGCAGAACUCCUGGGUGUGGACGUGUAAAGUGAAACCCGAUUCCAACUAUGUGGUGGUAGGCUGCCAGGAUGGCACCAUUUCCUUCUACCAGCUUAUUUUCAGCACAGUCCACGGACUCUACAAGGACCGAUAUGCCUACAGGGAUAGCAUGACUGAUGUCAUCGUGCAGCACCUGAUCACCGAGCAGAAAGUUCGGAUUAAAUGCAAAGAGCUUGUCAAGAAAAUUGCCAUCUACAAAAAUCGAUUAGCUGUCCAGCUGCCCGAGAAAAUCCUCAUCCACGAGUUGUAUUCAGAUGACUCGUUGGACAUGCGGUACCGGAUGAAGGAGAAGAUUGUUAGGAAGUUCGAAUGUAACCUCCUGGUGGUGUGUGCCGACCACAUCAUCCUCUGCCAGGAAAAGCGGCUGCAGUGCCUGUCCUUCAGCGGAGUGAAGGAGCGGGAGUGGCAGAUGGAGUCUCUCAUUCGCUACAUCAAGGUGAUCGGCGGCCCCCCAGGAAGGGAGGGUCUGUUAGUCGGCCUGAAGAACGGACAGAUCCUGAAGAUCUUUGUGGACAGUCUCUUUGCCAUCGUCCUGCUAAAGCAGGCCACAGCCGUGCGCUGCCUGGACAUGAGCGCCUCCCGCAACAAGUUGGCCGUGGUGGAUGAAAACGACACGUGCCUGGUGUAUGACAUCCACACCAAGGAGUUGCUAUUUCAGGAGCCGAACGCCAACAGUGUGGCCUGGAACACCCAGUGUGAGGACAUGCUCUGCUUCUCUGGAGGCGGCUACCUCAACAUCAAGGCCAGCACUUUCCCCGUGCACCAGCAGAAGCUGCAGGGCUUCGUGGUCGGCUACAACGGCUCCAGGAUCUUCUGCCUCCACGCCUUUUCUAUGUCGGCCGUGGAGGUGCCACAGUCUGCUCCGAUGUACCAGUACCUGGAUAGGAAGAUGUUCCGAGAAGCCUACCAGAUUGCUUGCUUGGGCGUGACAGACACUGACUGGCGCGAGCUGGCCAUGGAAGCUUUAGAAGGAUUGGAGUUUGAAACAGCAAAGAAGGCCUUCACCAGAGUACAAGACCUCCGGUAUUUAGAGCUCAUCAACAGCAUUGAGGAGAGGAAGAAGCGGGGAGAGACCAACAAUGACCUGUUUCUGGCAGAUGUGUUUUCCUACCAGGGGAAGUUCCACGAGGCCGCCAGACUGUACAAGAGGAGCGGGCACGAGAACCUCGCGCUCGACAUGUACACAGACCUCCGCAUGUUCGAGUACGCCAAGGAUUUCCUUGGAUCUGGAGACCCCAAAGAAACAAAGAUGCUAAUCACCAAACAGGCCGACUGGGCUCGAAAUAUCAACGAGCCCAAAGCCGCCGUGGAGAUGUACAUCUCGGCGGGCGAACACGGCAAGGCCAUAGAGAUCAGCGGCGACCACGGCUGGGUUGACACGCUCAUCGACAUUGCCCGUAAGCUGGACAAGGCCGAGCGGGAGCCCCUGCUGAUGUGCGCCCACUACUUCAAGAAGCUGGAUAACCCUGGCUAUGCUGCCGAGACCUACCUGAAGAUUGGUGACCUGAAGUCCUUGGUUCACCUGCACGUGGACACCCAGCGCUGGGAUGAGGCCUUCGCCUUGGGUGAGAAGCAUCCCGAGUUUAAGGAUGACAUCUACGUGCCCUACGCUCAGUGGCUAGCAGAGAACGAUCGUUUUGAGGAAGCCCAGAAAGCGUUCCACAAGGCCGGGCGGCAGGGGGAAGCAGUCAGGGUGCUGGAGCAGCUCACACACAAUGCCGUGGUCGAGAGCAGAUUUAAUGACGCUGCCUAUUAUUACUGGAUGCUGUCCAUGCAGUGCCUCGAUAUAGCUCAAGACCCUGCCCAGAAGGACGUGAUGCUCGGCAAGUUCCACCACUUCCAGCACUUGGCUGAGCUGUACCACGGCUACCACGCCAUUCAGCGGUACACGGAGGAGCCGUUCAGUUUCCACCUUCCCGAAACGCUCUUCAACAUCUCCAGGUUCCUGCUGCACAGCCUGACCAAGGACACUCCCCUGGGCAUCUCUAAAGCGAACACGCUCUUCACUCUAGCCAAACAGAGCAAAGCACUGGGUGCCUACAAGCUGGCCCGGCACGCCUAUGACAAACUGCAGGGCCUGCACACCCCGGCCAGGUUCCAGAAGUCCAUUGAGCUGGGCAGCCUGACCAUCCGCUCCAAGCCCUUCCAGGACAGCGAGGAGCUGGUGCCCUUGUGCUACCGCUGCUCCACCAACAACCCGCUGCUAAACAACCUGGGCAACGUUUGCAUCAAUUGCCGCCAGCCCUUCGUCUUCUCAGCCUCUUCCUAUGAGGUGCUGCACCUGGUUGAAUUCUACCUGGAGGAGGGGAUUACUGAUGAAGAAGCCGUCUCCCUAAUUGACCUGGAGGCGCCAAGACACAAGCGUGAGAAUAAAUGGCAAGAGAUCGCAAGCAACACUUCCCAGACUCUGAGGCUGGACGAGACCCUGGACUCCAUGGGAGACGAUGACCCCUUCACAGCCAAGCUGAGCUUCGAGGUACCUUGCCUGCUGCCUGCAGCUCAUGUGUGGUUCCCAGUUUCUCGUCUCCACUGCUUUUCCAUUUCCCAGAUGUCCCCUUAGGGAGGCCAGGCAUCUGGGAGGAACACAGGUGUCCCUCAGCGGCCAAGGCCAAGGCCAGGGCUCCGAGUUGGGAGAAAGACUCGGCCAUCCUUAGGCCCUCCCCACUCUCACAUGCAUUCCAUGGGCUGUCUGGAGUGGACUUGCCCCUGACCCUGUGCUUUCUGUACCUGCCCUUAAACCAGGAGGGCUGGGCAAAUGUGAUGCACCUUUGAACUUCAUUUAGGAAAAAAAGGGGCCUCAGACCUUCUCCCCCUCCCUCCCAGUCCUCAGACAAAGGUGGCCUGGAUGUGGUGUUUCUAGUCCCGACUCACUGCCAAGCCACCUGCCCUUGGAAGGUCAGUGGUCCCCACCAAGCUUGGGGCUGCUGAGCGCCCAGAGCUGCGGCCUGGGGUCCCGGCCGUUUCUCCUCAGAUGUUCCACUCAGAGGACUACGAGCUGCUGGUGCUUCAGCACACCUGCUGCCCCUACUGCCGGAGGCGCAUCGACGACCCCAGCCCUUGACCCGCAGCCUCGGGACCACCUGCCCCCUCCCGGCCGCCUUGCAGGCAGCUGGGCUAUCGAAGGAAGAGUUAAACUGUCAGAAUGUGUCUUCUGCCCAGAUCAAGUUUGAACUCUAGGGAGGGGCCUUGUGUAACCACGGAAUUCCUAUUUAUGGCAUUUCAUGCCUUGUAAAUACUGCCAGGAGAGGGAGAAGAGAAUGUACAUAUAUUUUCUAAGAAAAAAAAAUCUGUUACUUUCAGAACGGCUCUGAGUUGUUCACGGCAGCCUGCUGGAGUCCACAGAUCUGUCAGACCAUUAACAUGUACACUUUGUGAACAGAUUGCCUCAAUAAUUACAAAUAAAAGGGCUACUUAUUUUCAUCA